UUUAUUAUUACUACUUCCAUUAGUAUCAUGUAGCAAAAAACAUGAAGCCGACAAAACCUUAAAUAUCCAAACUUGCGCAAAAAGCUAUCAGAUUUCAGAUUUGGAAUAUCUUUCGUUGACGAACAACUCGCUGACGCACAUCACUGCAGAGGCCUUCUCGGCACUUCCGUUACUCAAGCAUCUAGACCUCUCAAAUAACAAUCUGCUGUCAUUGCCAAAAAACGUCUUCAGCAAAUUAAGAAGUCUUGAGACACUGACCUUGGCCAACAACGAGUUGCAGCUCUCACCGGACUCCUUCACGGGUUUGGUGGCACUCCGUCAACUACAUCUUACCUCGAAUCGUCUAGCUUAUCUGCCACCAUCGGUCUUCAGAGAUCUGAAGUCGUUGAGAACACUCGAUCUGUCCAAUAAUAAACUGCUCGCUUUGCCUGCUUCGUUGCUGUCCACUGUGCCACAGUUACGACAUCUUGACGCCAGCCAUAAUCUCCUUUCUAGCUUAGAAGCGGGACAAUUCUCCGCGUUACGAGAGUUGGAGGCACUUACGCUUGCUGAUAAUCUAAUUAGUGAUAUCGACGACGGUGCACUUUUCGGUCUGGACAAUUUGCUAUUGCUGAACAUGACGAACAAUCAACUUGUGCGACUACCCGGAAACACAUGGCCGUUGGCGAAACUCCGUUCAUUGGACUUAUCUGGAAAUCCGUUCGUAGCUCUGGAAACGGCAUCUUUCGACACGUUACCGUCGUUGCAGUUCCUUAACUUGUCGAAUUGCAAAAAUCUUAAAGCUAUUCAUAUGGCCGCAUUCGUUUCGAUGUCUUCACUUCGAACACUGGACUUGUCAAACUGCGCUCUGACGCAUAUCGCAUCUACUGCUUUCCAACCAUUUCCGCCAUUGACAACUCUAUUACUGGGCGGGAAUCUUCUUGAAACGUUGCCAUCUUCUAUGAAGAUCUCCGACGUACAGGAAUUGGAUUUGAAUGAUAAUCCCUGGGAUUGUUCAUGUGAACUUCGUGCGUUGCGUCUUCAUUCCGCAGCAACUUGUGUCACACCGAAGUCACUGAGUGGUGUACCGCUGAACGAACUUGAUUCCUGCUCUAUCCUACACGGAAUGGUGCUACCAUUUAUCCUUAGUGUAGUCGUUCUAUUUCUCAUCAUCAUUCUCAUCUCGAUUCUAAUUAUGAGAAAACCGUCUGCACGCCGAUCGUCGAUCUAUCGACAUCAAACGCUUAUUAACGCCUUAUCGCAUAAAGAGUAUGCUUUUGAUCGAGCAAGUAAUUCACCUUACUGUACAAGUGAUGAGUCUCAAGAUUCUGCCUAUGAGAGUCCCAGGUCGGCUUUUUUGCCGCGGCCGAAGCAGCGAACAGCUACCUCCGGCUCCCUGUUACGGCCACCUCCAAGCCAACCACCUCCAUCGGUGCUACCCAACGAGAUAUAUCGUCCAUUGAGCAAUCAUCCAGUGCCAGUGACACAUUUGUAG